UCUGAAACGAACUUUGUGAGACGUAUGAAAUGAGAACAGUUUUUGAUGAUCAUUGUUAUUGACAUUCACACGAUUCAGACAAUCCUUUUAAAAUGACUCAAAUCGCUGCUCUAGCUGGAGCCGCAGGUAUCAUAGGUCUGGGGAGUCUACUGCAUCUGGUUGGCAUGGCAACACCACAUUGGUUGAAGUUGAAUGAUCCGGGUAGUAUUGGACUAUGGCAAGUCUGUAUACAAUUCUGUUUAACCAUAGAAGACAAAGCAGGUUGGCUUAUAGCAUGCGAUUUCUUUUCUGUGAUGGGUGUGUUAAGCAGUGUUGCUGCCCUCGUGCUGAUAGCUUUCAGUUUCUUCAAUGCGUUCAAAGGUCGACCACAACACUCAACGAUUCCCAUUUUCCUUACUGCAAGCACCUCAUUGGCAGCUACCUGUAUCAUCAUAUGUAUCAUCAUAUUCGCAAGCAAAACGGUACACACCUCACUGCUGGGUUAUUCCUUCUACCUCUCCAUUGCGGGCGGAGUUUUGAUCACAAUAGGGGGGAUACUCGGAUUUAUCAUCAACAGACGAUUUAGUUACGGUCCAAAGUAACCGGAUGAUGUUUUUAGUGUAAUACUUUGCUGUAUUGUUUGUAAUUAUUUGC